UGGCCAGUCGGUAAACCAGGGGCGGCGAAGUAGUACAUGGGAGACCUAAGAAUAUUUCUAAAAUUUAAAAGACAACAGUGAUAGAAUAUCAUGGAGAAAACGUACGUGGUAAUGGUUUGCCUCGUAGCAAUUGUUAUACAGGUGGUGCGCCCUGCUCUCUCUGGAGGAGCUGGUGUAGAGGCGCGUGGUGAAACAAUGAUGGAGGCGCUGAAACACAGAGUACGACGCAACAGUGGUUCCACGACAACAACUACCCCUCCUCCACCUAUAAGACAACAAUUGAGGCAGAACGAAAAAGAAGAAAAAGAAAGAAAGAGGAAAGAGAAAAAGGAGGAAGAGAAAAAAGAGGAAGAGAAAAAGGAGGAAGAGAAAAAGGAGGGAGAGAAAAAGGAGAAAAACAGAAAGAAUAGAAAAGAAAGGACAAAGACAAAGUCAAAAUGCAAUUAAUGUUAAGAAGAAGAUAAACCUCCCCGUGUGCAACGUCUUGGACGACGAGAUAGAGGGACAAAGAUAGAGAACAGUUUUGUACAAGAAGCGAUCAUUUUUUAUUUAUUUUUUUCUGAAUUAAAGUAAUCUCAUCUUCUUAGCUAGUAAUGAUUUUUUUUCAAUUCAAUUCACUUUAUUUCAAAUGUUUCAAAUACAGUGUUUUACAUUGACAUGAAAAGACAUUGAUUUGAAGCCGUAAAUAUAGGCCUAAAUCUUAAUCUGUAACAGGUCUAUGGGUCACAUACUGGGAUCUGCACAAUUUUGGUGACUAAGUCUAUAACUACUAUCUCAGAAAUACAAUGGAAUAUUUAAUAUUGAUCAAUAAACGUUUUGCAUGAAAAUAAGUCUUGCAUCCUCCGCUAGUCUCUCCCAAUCUUAUUCCCAAUUCAAUCAAUUAAAAGGGUGGUACAAAGGGGUUUGAGGAAAGACAGUGGAGAUC